AUGCAUCACCAGAUAGAUUUCGACGACAUUCUAUACAAAUUAUGGGAAGUAGAGGCUGAUGAUAGAAACAAAUACACAAAAGAAGAAGAAACAUGUCAAACAAUAUAUCAAGAAACAGUAAGAAGGAAUCAAGAAGGAAGAUACAUCGUGAAACUACCUUUUAGAACAGAACCACCGAAAAGUACAGAAGGGAAAACAAGAGAAAUAGCAAUGAAAAGACUAAAUCAAAUGGAGAAACGACUAGAAAGGAAUAAAGAACUACAAACAGAAUACAAUAAAGUCAUGAAAGAAUACAUAGAACUGAAUCACAUGGAGCUAGUACCGAAAGAGGAAAUAGAAAAACCAUCUGUUUACCUACCACAUCACGCAGUCGUGCGAGAAGCAAGUGACACGACGAAAGUCCGUGUUGUCUUCAAUGCCUCUUCACCAGACAUAAACAACAUCUGUCUCAAUGAUGAAAUGUUAGUUGGACCUCAACUACAAGAAGAUAUGAGAAGCAUAGUCAUGAGAUGGCGUUUAAGAAAAAUUGCAUUUGUGUCCGAUGUAGAGAAGAUGUACCGACAAAUUCUUGUCACGAAAGAAGAUACAGACUAUCAAAGAAUAUUAUGGCGUGAUGACCCUGAAGAACAAACAAAAGAUUAUAGACUGUUGAGAGUAACAUUUGAGACCGCUUCCGCUCCAUAUCUCGCGGUAAGAACCCUGCAACAAGUAGCAGAAGAUGAAGGCGAAGAACAUCCUGAAGCUAAAAACAUAAUACAAAGAGAUUUCUUUAUGGACGACUUGAUAUCUGGACAAGAUACUGUAAAAGAAGCGUUACAAGUAGCAAGAGACAUUACAACCAUUUUAAAGAAAGGAGGUUUUAAAUUACAAAAAUGGUCUUGUAACAAUGCACAAUUUUUAAAAGAAUUUAGUCCUGAAGAAAUAAGCACUCAUAUAAAGAUGGAUAUGAAUCUUGGUGGCACAGUCAGAACACUAGGUUUAUCCUGGAACUUAGGUGAAGAUGUCCUCCAAUAUAACAUGAACUUACCACAGCCACAGAAGAUAAUUACAAAAAGAAGUAUCCUAGCUGAAAUGCAACAUUAUUUUGAUCCACUAGGAUGGCUUGCUCCUGGAAUACUACCUGCAAAAUUGCUCCUGCAAAAGUUAUGGUUGAAGAAAGUGACCUGGGAUGAAAAAGUAGAACCUGAAAUAGAAAAGGAAUGGUUAGAAAUACGACAAAAUUUUGAAGACCUGAAAGUAAUAAAAAUAGAUAGAUGGUUACAAACAACAAAAGACAACUUACCUGAAGCAACAAUACAUGGUUUCUGCGAUGCUUCUAUGAAAGCAUAUGGAGCAGCUGCAUACUUAAGAGUAAUAGAUGAGCAUGGUGUAUACAAAACUCAGCUAAUAGCAGCCAGAUGUCGUGUAGCACCUAUAAAGCCCGUGUCUCUACCAAGCCUCUCGUGGAAUGUUACUGAAGGAUUUGAAGAAAGAAAAGCUAUGGUGGCAAGGGCCAGAAUGGCUAAAACAAGGAAAUGUAGAAAUGCACCAACUCGAAGACACCGAUGUAGACCUGGAAAAAAGAAAAAAUAUUAA